AGUAUUUUUUGGUGCAACUUUAAUUAUUGAUUAAUGCCACGCUUCAAAGCUAAGCUUAUUAAAAUGGACAUAAUUGGAUGGACACUCCCAUGCAUAAAAACACAAAUCCCUCUCUUACACAUACCCACCACCGGACCCCAUCAUCAUGCUUCCUUUCAUUGUCACCGUCUUUCUCCUUUUCCUCUCUUCUCCGCCGCCCGUCACGGCGGUUUCUUCCCACUGCGCCGCCGCCGCCAAGACUUUCAAGAAAUGCGCCUCGCUUGCCACUCAAGACGCUUCCAUUGCGUGGACCUUCCACCGCCACAACGCUACCCUUGACAUAGCCUUCUUCGGCUCCUUCAUUUCUCCCUCCGGUUGGGUCGGCUGGGGAAUCAACCCGGCCGCCGCCGAGAUGGCCGGAACCCGCGCCCUCAUUGCCUUCCCGGACCCCAACUCCGGCCGGCUCUUGCUCCUCCCCUACGUCCUCGACUCUGCCGUCAAGCUACAAAAGACUCCCCUCCUUUCCCGCCCACUCGACAUCCACCUCCUUUCUUCUUCCGCCACCGUGCACGGCGGACGCAGGGCCACCGUACACGACGGCGCCGCCAUCGAAAUCCGCGCUUCCGUCAAGCUCUCCCACAACAAGACAAAGCUUAUGAACUUCGUGUGGAACCGGGGGCUCUACGUACAGGGCCACUCUCCGACCAUCCACCCCACCGGCGCCAGCGACCUCUCCUCCGCCGUCACCGUCGACGUGCUCUCCGGCAAUGCCCCAAGAGUUCACAACCGCCGCGAUUUCUCGACGCUGAAAACCGCCCACGGCUUCGUUAACGCCGUCUCGUGGGGAAUCUUACUGCCGGUCGGGUCAGUCACGGCUCGCUAUGCAAGACACAUACGAUCUCUGGGCCCCACUUGGUUCUACGUCCAUGCAGGCAUACAACUAUCGGGCAUUGCACUGGGGAGCAUCGGGUUCGGGAUCGGGUUAAGGCUCGGGGAGCUAUCCCCGGCGGGGCGAGCACCGGGGAUGCAUCUGAAGCUUGGCAUCGCCGUGUUCACCUUGGGGAUACUGCAAACAACGGCAGUGUUUUUCAGGCCGGAGAGGACGAACAGGUUCAGAAAGUAUUGGAAGUCGUACCACCACUUUGUAGGGUACGCAUGCACAGUGUUAGGGGUGGUGAACGUCCUACAAGGGUUCGACCUCAUCGGAGAAGAAGGGCAGCCGCCGCCGUCGUCCUAUUAUGGCCUCCUCGUUUAUUGCCUCUGCUUGUCCACGUUGGGCGGUGUUUGUGUGGCGCUUGAGGUCAACUCUUGGGUUGUUUUUUGGCGGAGUGCCAAGGAAGAUAAGCUGAGCAGCACAUCUAGUAGCUAAAUAGCUAGCCAUGCAUUGAUACGGAGUAAACCUUUUUCACAAUAUAUUUUGGUACUAUUUGACAUUAUAUGUCCUAUUUUGAUACUCCAUCCGUCCCGAAAAACAUGGGACUUUUGAUUUUGAAGAAGGAUUUAAGAGGAGUGUAUUUUGGUAUUAAAUUUCCAAAAAUGUCCUUUGAUGUGAUGGAUAAAAAUAUGAUUUGAGGGAUAGAUUAAUAGUAAAAAGGUAUGAUGUGA